CACGAAAACAAGCAAAUUCUAGAAACGCCUUUAACAGAAGGGUCAGGUACCGUCAGUCAAAAAUCGCUGGAUAUUGAAGUCAACAAACCAGAAGAUCCAGAGUCGUCCAAAAAGGAUAAAAAAUCACAAAGAAUAGCUACAUCUCUAAAAGAAGGUUCAGGUAACGCCAAAGAAGAAUCUCUAGAACCCGAAAUUAACAAACCAAGAAAUCCAGAACCAUCGAUAAAGUGUUUACAACUUAAACAUCGUGGAAAGAAAACGAAGAAGUCUUAUAAAAAGCCUGCCUCAGUAGAAUCAACUACUGACAGUGAAAUUUUCAGUAAGGAACCCGCCUCCGUAGAAGAACCAUCUACUGACAAUGAAAUAUUUAUCAAGGAGCCUACCUUAAUAAAAGCAGCUACUGAAAGUGGAAUGGGUAGUGUUUCCUCCCAUCAGCUUCUUAAUGCUUCUGAACGAUGUUUUACAGUCGAUUUGACAGAUGUAAUUAAUUCAGAAGACGGUGGUUUUCAAAAGGCAACUAAACAAGAUGAUAAUCUAAAUGUAAAGGGACAAACAGGGGAAUUUCGAUCAGACAGAUUGGAGGAGCCAAGUCAAUCAGAACUAAAUAGAAUCUACAACCCAGACAUUGUGAUAGAGAAUAAUAUGGUAAAUAAUUCGCAUGUUACCAAUCGUAAAAAUGAGCAGAUCAAAAAAGUUUCGGAUGAAUGCUGCAAGCAAAACGGUCAGUCGAUGGACGUCGAAAAUUUCCAUUAUGAGCUUAGUUUACAUAUUUUUGAACAUAAUAAAGAAUAUUAUAAGAUAGUUAAAAUUAGUGAAGAUGAAGAAAACAAAGAAUUGGAUCAACCUGACAGUAUGAUAAAAAAUGAACAAAUUGACCAACGCUGUUUUCGCAACAUCUCAUCCCAAGAAAGGAGUUCAACACGAGGACAACAGAAUUUAAUUCACAAAAUACGUAUAGUUACAACAUUAAAAAGAACCAAAAAUUCAAAAACAUCUAAUCAAACUAAUCAACUGGAAAAAUAUACCCAAACUGAAGAAGUAUUAGUACUUAAUGGGCCUGUGGGAAAUAUAGAUUCAAAACAAUCUAACCAAACUAAUGAAUUGCAAGAAGAUAGACAAAGUGGUGAAACUUCUAUAAAUACAGAAUCGAAUAGAAGCAUAGAUUCUGAACAAUUUAACCAAACUGAUGAACUGCAAGAAGAUAGAAAAAUUGGUGAAACUUUUAUAAAUACAGGAUCGAAUGGAAGCAUGGAUUCUGAAAAAUUUAACCAAACUGAUGAACUGCAAGAAGACAGACAAAGUGGUGAAACUUCUAUAAAUACAGAAUUGAAUAGAAACAUAGAUUCUGAACAAUUUACCCAAACUGGUGAACUGCAAGAAGAUAGACAAAUUGGUGAAACUUCUAUAAAUACAGAAUCGAAUGGAAGCAUGGAUUCUGAACAAUCUAAGCAAACUGAUGAACUGCAAGAUAGACAAAGUGGUGAAAUUUCUAUAAAUACAGAAUCGAAUAGAAACAUAGAUUCUGAACAAUCUAACCAAACUGAUGAACUGCAAGAUAGACAAAGUGGUGAAACAUCUAUAAAUACAGAAUUUAACGGAAGCAUGGAUUCAAAACAAUCUAACCAAACUAAUGAAUUGCAAGAAGAUAGACAAAGUGGUGAAACUUCUAUAAAUACAGAAUCGAAUAGAAACAUAGAUUCUGAACAAUCUAGUCAAACUAAUGAACUGCAAGAUAGACAAAGUGGUGAAAUUUCUAUAAAUACAGAAUCGAAUGGAAGCAUGGAUUCUGAACAAUCUAACCAAACUAAUGAAUUGCAAGAAGAUAGACAAAGUGGUGAAACAUCUAUAAAUACAGGAUCGAAUGAAAGCAUGGAUUCUGAACAAUCUAACCAAACUGAUGAACUGCAAGAAGAUAGACAAAGUGGUGAAACAUCUAUAAAUACAGAAUCGAAUAGAAGCAUAGAUUCUGAACAAUCUAACCAAACUGAUGAACUGCAAGAAGAUAGACAAAGUGGUGAAACAUCUAUAAAUACAGAAUUUAAUGGAAGCAUGGAUUCAAAACAAUCUAACCAAACUGAUGAACUGCAAGAAGAUAGACAAAGUGGUGAAACACUUGUAGCUACUGAAUCUGAUGUAACCAUAACUACAGAACAAUCUGACAAAGCUUAUCAGUUGAAAAUAAAUAAACAAAUCGAUGAAACAGAAGAAAUCACAAGUUCAGAACAGUUUAACGAAAUUAAUCACUUGAAACAAAGUGGACAACUUGAUGAAACAUUUGUAGAUAUUGAACGUGAAAAAAUCAAAGGUUUAAAACAAUCUAACCAAACUGAGCAGCCAGAGCAAAGUACCCAAAGUUCUGAAACAUCUGAAAGAUCAGAUGAAAACAGGGGUGUUAACGGAUCAAAUAUACACAAAACGAUUGAAAGAAACACAACUUUAGAAGACGUUGGACAAACUUAUAAAUCAGAUGAAAAGGGGUAUAUUAAUGAUUUGUGUGUGUCCGAAGAAUCUGAAAGAAACAAGUUAUCAGAAGAAAAUGAACAAUUGGAUAAGUCCAGUGAUAGGAAAUAUACUCUUAUAUCAGGCUUUUUCAGCGGAUAUGAAGGAGACUCCCACUCUCAACGAAUGAAUCAGUUAGAGACACAUUCAAACCCUUCCAAUUCUUUUUCACAAGAAGACAUUCACCUUGCUCAGUCUUUCGUUGCCGAAGGAAACUACGAAAAAGCCAAAGAUUGCUGUUUGAAGGCACUGGAUAAAUUCAAUGAAAAGGACACAGACGUAGCAUGUGCCCACGUUUUAGACACUCUUGGUAAAAUUUGCACAAAGCUGGGGGAGUUUUGUCAAGCGUCCAGUUAUUUAAACACAUCGCUUCAGAUCAGGGCGAAACACCAAGGGAAUUUACACCCAGAAACAAAAAAGACCGUUCAUUUAAUUAUGGAAAAUGCUUUCCUGAUGACACAGACGAACUUGCAGUCGGACGAAAUUCAACAAGGUUAAGCUAUCUGCAGCUUCAGAUGAGCAAGUACAUUUCAUGAAGGAUGACAUGCUGAUGUAAUCAUGGAGGUGUUGAAAACAAAUACUGAAU